UUAUGUUUACGGUGUUUACGCUUUUCAAGAAGGGGUACUGCUUUUUUAAAACUAAUUCAAUAAGGAAAAGGUGAAUUCAUUUCUGCAAAUAUAAUGGCAGCCUCCCGUGAAAGACGGUCAAACGCCGGAAACCGCAUUGCCAAGCUUCUAGACGAAGAGGAAGAAGACGAGUUUUACAAAACCUCUUACGGUGGGUUCGACGAAACUGCCGACGACAAUGAAUAUAUUCAAAAACAGGAUGAUGAGGAUGACAUCGUCGACUCAGAUUUUAGUAUUGACGAAAAUGAUGAACCUAUAUCGGACCAGGAGGAAGAGACAUCGAAGCGUAGUAGAAAAGUUACUACCAAAGCAUAUAAGGAACCGGUUAAGAAAAAAGCACCCUCCAAAAGCGUAAAAGAAUCGAAACCAAAGGUUGAAAGACAAAAAUCUCCCAGAAAGAGAGAGAAGAGUACCUUCACGGUAUUGGACUCCGGGCGUAAAUCGUUUCGCAAGUCAACUGCAGCGAAGUCAGCAGCGACUUUGAGUCGGAUGAAACAACGAGUGGAAGCAGAAAAGCGCAAACCGAAGAUUGUUCGGGUGGAAGAGUACAUCCCAACUCAGGAAGAAUUACUGGAAGAAGCCGAAAUAACUGAAAAGGAAAACAUCAAAUCGCUUGAAAAAUUCCGUAAGAUGGAAUUGGAGAAGAAAAAAACACGCCCUACGAAGCGUGUUUUUACAGGACCCACUAUACGAUACCAGUCGCUGACCAUGCCACUGGUCGAAGAAGUUUUACCCAGCAAAAGCAUCUCAACCGAUUCGCUAAGUAAAGCUGAAUCAGAUGAAGUCGAAGAAGUUAAAGAGAAAGGUGGAAAAGAGAGACAGAACAAAAAGGGUAGGAGAAGUAUGUCCAGGGUCGAGGUGAGAGGGCGUUGUGAGCGAACAUUCAUCACUUUUGAAAACGACAUAGAUGAAUCGCUGUUUGAUAAAUACUUUCCAAAAAUGCAAAAGCGGGAGCGGAGGAGUCAAAUUUGCGCUAUAACACGGCGACCUGCUCGAUAUUUUGAUCCGGUGACACAAUUACCGUAUCGGAAUCUGCAGGCAUUCAAAAUUCUUCGCGAGGCCUACUAUCAGCAAUUAGAGGAUAGAGGAAACCCAGAGAAUCCUGAUGUGUGUAAGUGGCUUGAGUGGCGUAAGAAGGUAAAGGAGUAUCGAUUGAAAAAUCUUAAUAAGAACAGCUCGCUCAUGGGGGUCAUUUCUACUAGUGGGAAUACGUAAAUUACGUUUUUAUUGUCACAGAUGAUAACUUGACGAUAGAAUAAUAAAAAAAAAUAAAGAUAACAUAAUCAUAGG